CAAUGGAUGCACCUGGCAACCAAUUCCUCUCAUUGAUUCUAUUUACAUUCAGCGUUAUUUUUCUUCUAAACCUUUCAUGUGCUGCUCAAGCUAUAGAUUGUAACUUUCAAGCCAUAUAUAAUUUCGGCGACUCGAUCUCAGAUACUGGAAACCUUAUUCAUGAAGACAAUCUCGGCACCUUUUCGCCCAUAGCUAAACUUCCGUAUGGCGAAACGUACUUCCACAAACCCACCGGCAGAUGCUCAAACGGGCUGCUCAUGGUCGACUUCUUCGCAAGGUGGUUAGAGCUUCCAUUUCUCAACCCAUUCCUUCAAAGCCACGCAUCAUUCGGUAACGGAGUUAAUUUUGCAGUAGCAGGAGCCACAGCACUCCGGCCGUCCUUUUGGUUGGACCAUGGCGUUCAUACGCUUAAUACAAACAGUUCCCUUGAAGUCCAGCUCAACUGGUUUAAGGCCUACCUCAACUCUGUCUGUUUCUCACAAAUUGGUAAGAUCAAUGAUGAUCUGUGA